UCCAAUACCCUUAUAUACAUGUAUUAAUAUUUAACUAGUACAUUGAGAUAUAAUCCAUUUAUUGUAGAAAAUAAGCUAGGAAUUGAAGGACGUGUUUACAAAUUCAUGAAUUUAUUGUGCGCAUUUAAUUUGCUUAGAGCUUUCAAAAGGAAAGGAAUUUUAAGUUCGACAAGACUAUUACUUAAACAACACAAAUAUAGUGCUUUAUUAAUAUUUCUGCCUCAAAACAUAUAUGGACUUUAACAUUAAAACGUUUUUAUUCUCGUCUGCUUAACUGGUCAGAAAAAAAACGCGACAAAAUGUUUAAGGCGUUCAAAUCAGACGACAGCGAGGAAGAGUUGCCAUGGUUACAAGCGUUGGACGCCGUGGAAGGAAUGGAAUUGUGGGAUAGUAGGUCACGUGAAGAGCGCGAGCCAUGGAAGUACUAUUUGAAGCAAGCAGACGACAUUCUUGCGAAACCGAGAUCUUCAAUUCCGGAGGACGUAGUCUCAGCCGUACUAUCGGGCGACCUUGGGACAUUGGAUCUUAGCAGCAUACCUAGCGCUCAACCUCGAGUGGUUGUCUUUGUUAGUUCAACAUUCACUGAUACAAAGGCCGAGAGGAAUCAGUUAAUGAAAGAUGUUUACCCCUUCCUCCGAACGCUCUGUCGACGGCUUGGCGUUGAGUUUGGAACAGUCGACAUGCGCUGGGGGGUUACUGACGAGGCUACAAGCGACCACAGUACCGUCAACAUGUGCGUUUCCGAGAUACACAGAUGCGUUAAAGACAGCAUCGGGCCAGCCUUCCUGUGCUUGCUUGGGCAUAAAUAUGGCUACCGACCACUUCCGGCAGCGAUUGACCAAUCAGAAUUUGACACGAUGAAGGAGCAAAUGGAAAAGGCGGGAAAAGACACGCGCCUUUUGGCGGAGUAUUACAAGUUGGAUAGGAAUGCGGUUCCUGCAGAAUAUGUGCUAAAGAAUCAAGAACCUUCGAAUAAAAGCUGGUGGCCGGAUGUGGAAGCUAUGCAGAAAGCUCUACGCGAGGCAUCCGUCUCUUGUUUUGGCGCCAAAAGUCCCGUCUGCGACAAGUACCACGUAUCUGUAACGGAAACGGAAAUUCAAAACGGCGCCUUCCUAAAUGAGCGGCACGCAGAGCAGACGUCAUUCAUUCGCCGGGACCUUAAGAAUUACAAUUCCGAUUUCCAUCUCAACAGGAAAAUCACAGAUUUAGUCGACGGGAAAGUCGACCCCUAUGCUGCAAAGAUGCUCGACAUGUUACGACAACAGAAAAUACCGUCCCAGACAUCAAAGGCCCCUAUGUUUUCUAUCCAAUAUGAUUCGGCAAAAGUAAAGCAGGCGUCUGAAUGCACACGGAUCGUUUGUGACCAAGUAUGCAAAACGCUUGCGGAUGGAAUACUUGACAGCUACGAAAAGCGUCUGCACAUUAAAGCGGAUCGUGUAUUUCAGGAAGUUGUUCAACAUCGCGCGCAUGCGCAAGAAAAAAGUAGCAUGUUUGUAGGACGGGAAAUAGAGAUCGCUAGAAUCAUGGAAUACGUUCGAUCUUCAUCAAAUUUACCAUUAGUUGUCCAUGGCCCUUCCGGCUGUGGCAAAACGGCAUUGAUGGCAGUCACGGCUAAAAAGGUCAAGGACGCAAUUAGCCAUGGUGUGCUGGUUUUACGAUUCUUGGGGACCACUGGACAGUCCGCUUCAGCGCGUCUGCUCCUUUACAACAUAUGUCAGCAGAUUACUCGAGUUUACGGACAGAAUGCUGACAAUAUUCCGACGGCGUAUAAAGAAUUGAUCGUGUAUUUUAGGACCUGCUGCGCGUAUGCAACUUCUGACAAGCCGUUGGUGAUUAUACUGGAUUCACUGGAUCAGUUGUCCAAUGAAGAUUUCGGACAGAAUCUUAGCUGGUUGUCGCUCUCGGAAGUGCUACCGGAAAAUGUGAAGAUGAUAGUUUCGUCACUUCCGGUUAGGACGUUGGAUAUUCUCAAGACAAACCUGCAGAAUGCUGAGUGCUUUCUUGAAGUCAAGCCACUUGCCCUCCAUGAGGGCCCAGAGGUGAUGAAGCUCAUGUUGGGUGCUAAGAAAAGGACCGUCACUGAGGAUCAAUUAAAGCUCAUCAUGACCGCUUUCAAGAAAUGCCCUCUGCCGCUAUUUCUGCGAUUAGUGGUCGAUCUGGCGUUACAAUGGCGCUCAUUUGACACCAUAGAUUCGACCGUCAUUGCAGAUGACAUGGUUGGCUUGAUUGACCGUCUGUUUGAUCGUUUAGAAGGCCGAUAUGGAAGAUUGUUCGUGUGUCACGCGCUGGCGUACAUUACGGCCGCCAAGAGCGGGUUAUCAUUCGUUGAGCUAGAAGAUAUCCUAUCUUGCGACGAUGAUGUUUUAGAUGCCAUCUUCAAAUGGUGGGUUCCCCCUUUCCGGCGCCUCCCUCCGCUCCUAUGGGCGCGUGUGCGGAACGAGCUGGGAUCUUAUUUAGCGGAGCGAGGGACGGACGGAGUAAGCGCUUACGGCUGGUAUCAUCGGCAGUUUUGGGAAACGGCAGAGAGGCGCUACCUUCAGACAGGCUUUGGAGAUGACCCAAAACCAUUUGCCCAGAAAGCUCAUUUAGCGAUUGCUGAUUAUUUCGAGGGAAAAUGGGCCAAUGGAAAGCCAUAUAAGGGUAAAGAUGGCGUGGAAAAAGUUGAGGAUCGCAAAAUUCCUAAACAACCUUUUGUUGUUGGCGGGUCGCGGGAUGUUGGACGGCAGUUGAAUGAACGAAAGCUUGCAGAACUGCCGUAUCAUUUGAUAAAACUACAAGACUGGGAAAGAUUUAAAAAGCUUGCACUCGACUUAAGGUAUAUCGAAGCAAAAUUCGAAGCUGACGACGGGUACAUAUGCUUAAGUGAGCUGAUCGAAGCUACAAAACUCUCUAAAAGUGACGAAAUCAAGCAGAUGACUCGUUUCGUCGGCGCAAGUUUGGGAUUCCUUGCUCGCGAGUCGGUGGGUGUUUAUCAGAUGGCAUCACAACAGGCAUCUGGCAGCCUCAUCCGGCGACUCCUAGUGGACGUUGGCACCGACGAACAACCGCGGACACUCCUAAGAAGCUUGGAGGAGGUGUCGUUCGAGGAUCCUUGCGAGAUGACGCUGCACGGACAUACAGGGUCGGUUCGCUGCUGCGACUUCUCCCCGGCCGGCGACUUGAUCGUUUCUUCCUCGGAUGAUUGUACAAUGAGGAUCUGGGAUACGACUACUGGGGCCGAAAUUGUUACUGUGACAUCACUUCCGGCCCCUAUUUUCCCCGACCCUGAAGAGAAUCCCCAGCAGCUUAUGCUACAUGCGGUCAAUCCCUGCUGCUUCUCUCGCAAUGGUGACGUCAUUGCAAGCGGCACAGAGCUUGGUGACGUCAUGUUGUGGGACAAAUCGGGCGUUCAGCUGAAUCACGUUAAGACGGACAAGCGAGCGGUUUCUUUCAUUCAAUUCUCCCCUGACAACCGUCACAUAGCAACGGCGUUCAAAUAUGGGCACCUGUCGAUCUGGAACGCACGUGACCUAAGUCACGUGGUCACGCGCGACCUAGAUUGGUUCGAGGUUACCGGCCUUGAUUACUCCCGGGAUGGGUCAAAACUGGCUGUUGUUCUUACGAAUGGCCUUAUGACAUUCAAUACCAAGGAUUAUUCCGAGCUGUCCAAAGUGCAGGGGACUUGUCAAAACUUGUGCUGUCAGUUUUACCCCGACGGAACUCAGAUAAUGACGGGAGGUGACAACAGCGCUGUGACAAUCUGGGACGCAAACAAUGGGACUAUUUCUUCGAGGCUUAAGGGAAUAAAGAACCAACACACCGCUUGGAUAUGGUCAAUCAAGUUUGACACUACCGGUAAACACAUGUUCACGUGUUCGUCCGACCGUUCGAUGAAAAUCUGGAGACUUGCGGACGAAGGGGUGUGGUCUGUAUUGAAGACAGUUGCCGGACAUUCUCACCGCUUCUGUAUGUCUUCAAUAGAACCAGGGCUGGAAAGUAAAUUGGUCACCUGUUCUUUGGAUACGUCGUUGCGCGUCUGGGACAUGAAGACGCUUCUCGAGGGCGCCACGCCGCCCGUCGGCAAAGGCCACUACCUCGUGUGUGAAUGGUCAGGCCGCUACCUCGCGACCGCCCAGGGGUGGAUGCACCAGUGCAAUGUGGUCGACGGGGACAACAUUUUGGGCUCAACAGAAAAGCACGUGGGGUUCGUGCGCCAGGCUCGCUUCCUUCCUGACCAGUCCGGUCUACUGGUGCUUGAUCAUGGUCACUCAGGCGAUUACAGGCACGGAGCGGAGAAGGACGCAUGCGUCAGACUUGUGUCAAUUCCUGAUCUUGGGACGGUCGGGCUAGCGGAAGUAGAUGCACCAACGUCCAUCACGUGCACGGAUAAGUACAUUAUAGUCGGAACAUUAGACGGUGAGGUAGCUGUGUUCGAGCACGACUUGAAGCCUGUGUGCAAAAGAAAGUUACCAAAGGGGAAGCCGAUCACGCGGUUGGCGGCGCACGGGAGCUGCGUGGCCGCCGCCACCGACUCACCUCCGGAGUGUGUAUUGUUGACCGUCAAGAAAAACAAACUCGUUGAAACUCAGACGGACGGUCAUCCUGUUGUUCACGUGACGUCAUCUUGUAAUGCCCUAGAAUUCUCGAAAGACGGGACAUAUUUCGUUUACGGUUCGUCAGCUCAUGACGUCAUCAUCUGGGAAAUAUCAGCGAAGGGCGCAACUUUGAUGAACACCCUCACAAGUCACCAUUCGUACAUCAUGGACGUCAAAUUUUCCCCGACCGGAAGAUACAUGCUAUCGUCAUCUGCAACGGAUUUACGAGUCUGGGAUGUACACGAGGGGUUCCGAAUGGUGUGUGUUUACUACGCACCUGUCAAUUGUGCCGCGUUUGUGGAAGAUCACGUGAUCUUGGGAGGGGAGGCGACUGGCAACCUUCUUCAAUUGAAGUUUUAGUCGUUUUGUGAUCAAUUCAAAAUCAUUUAACAAUGACGGGUGGGUUAAGGUUUUAACAUGUAUGCUUCAAACAUGAAAUGUCAAUUGACCUUUUGGUUGACGAUGGCGUAAAUUAUAUGACGUCAUGAUGCUCAGUGUGUUGUCAUAACUGUUUUAUUUGAAUUUGCAUGUACCCAGCAAACAUUUUAUAUCGGCCACUUCAUCGGCCCGACAUCGGAAUUUACAUCGGGCCGAUGUCGGAUGUGCAACACGGCUCGACAUCGGGCCGAUGUCGGCAUAUUUUUAAUAGCCGAUAUUUAGCCAGCAUGAUGCCGAUAUCCUUCCUAUUUCGUCCCUAUUCUUAUACAGAUGGAUUGUCAUGCUCGAUGACAACAGAACAUGAUAGUUAAACACAAGAUUUUGUCUUGGUUUAUCUUCUGAGAAAAAAAAAAUAAUGCAGAGAAAAACAGCCGUAAACCUACAUGCAUAUUAUAUACUCACAAAUUACUACAUAAGAAAAGAAGCUAUUUGAUCUUAUAAUUUUUUAUUAUUAUUAUCAUUGCUAUAAAUAUUUAAACAAUUGGAUUAUCACAGAAUGUGGAUAAUACCCCUGAACAGUAUUAUCAAAAUGUUCAAGUUAUAAUACAAAGACAUGCCAUAAUACACACAGGCUGUUACUGUAUAAAUAAACAAAAUACGACUUGAAAUAAAAGUUAUUUCAUUUAACAAUACUUAAGCUAAAGCUACUGCAUUAAACAUUAAGCGUUUUUAACAUAGUAUUGUUUUGUUUUUUCAUCCCGGUGUUCCAAGGAUGCACUCAGAUAUUUGCGCCUGCCUCAUUUCCCUCCCACCAUUUCUGUCCGACGCUGUCUUCAUCCAGGCGGCAUUUGUCGCUCGCAACUCUAACUGUUGUGAGAAACGAUGGAAUUUCACGACACCCUCUGGAAUAAUUGCAUGUUCUGUUAAUACAUCUAUAUAUAUAUAUAUAGGUGGAGAUAGGUCUUUUUCAGGAUAUGGGUAUUUACAAAAUGCAUUUACAAGAACAUGGUAUUCUUAAUUUUAAUUGGGUUUUUGUUAAUGUUUUUUUUUUGGUUGUUUGUUUAAAAUUUGCCUACAUCCCUUCGAAUAUUUCUGGGGGGAUUAUAUACCUGAAAUGCUUGAAACAAAGGUAAAUAGCGGUUUAUACCUGUAGAGAUUGUGCAACUGUUUGGGGAUCUUAUAGAAACUGUUGUGAUGCCUGCAGAACAGUCCUGCCAUUGCCACUGUCACCUUCAAAUGCCUUGGUGGUGUUGUCACUGACAUUUAUUCAUCUUCAUCGGAUUAAACAAGCUUCCUCUGAAAUGCAUCACAUUUUGUUACAGUUACAAAUGCAUUGGUCGGUUAUCCUGAUCAUUCUCCCUUUUAGGUAAAUUAAAGGUUGGCAUAGUCAACCUGCUUUUUCUUAAGUGUGAAAUAGCCUAAAUGACAUGCUUUUUAUCAAUAUUUUCGGCCCGAUAUUGGCAUAUUUAUAAAAUGUUUUUGUCCAUAAUAAAAACAAAAGCUAUUGUUUAUGUUAUCAUGUUCAAACAUUCAAAUUUAAUUAAUAAAGUAUUAUUACAUAUACAUUGUUUCAGUCAUUAUGCCAAUAUUGGGCCGAUGUCGGGCCUAUAUCGGCAAAAACUGGCCGAUAUGCCGAUAUUCAGCCGACAUCGGCCCGAUAUGGUCAUGUUUGCUGGGUAUUAUUGAUAGAUAACUGUGUGUCAAAUUAUUAUUUAUUUUUUAAGAAUAUUGUUCAAAUAUCGUUUAUCUUUCCAUAUCACACUAUAUUGAUUAGAUGACGACAGCUAAAUGUAUAAAGCAUUUAAAAUGUUUCCACAUGUCAUCUCUUUGCUAGUUUGUUCAUUUAAAUAACUUGUUUGGAUAAAAGAAAUUUUAGGGUAAAUAUUAGUUUAAACAUUAUGUAUUUUACAACGAUUGUGAGAAAAGCUAUGAUAGCUUAUUCUAAGUCACUGUCGUUCGCACGAUGUUGCGCGAGAGUGUGGUCUUAUGUUGUGGGGGAAACCGGAGUAUCCGGAGAAAACCCACUUGUCCGGCUUGGUCACCACUAACUGAGGGUAAAUAUUGACCAUACAAUACAUGUUGUGUAUAACUUUGACUAAACUAUUGGACUAACCAGUUUUAUAAUGCAAUUGGAUCUUGUUCUUCAAAGGUCCGUAUAUUUUCUUUUGAGUCUUGUGUGUAUUUAUAUAAUUUGGUAUAUUUUGAAUAAAGAUAAUUCGUUUA